AUGUCACCCCUCUCAAAUCUCAACGAAUCCCCCAUCCACAUCCCCUCACUCGGACCCUUUACCCCCUUCCACCCCUCUGUCACAUUCACCAAACUCUGGACUCCAACCGACGAGCAACUCCUCCAAGAAGAUUACCUCUCCAAAGAUUUCCCCCUCUCGAAAAAUCCUUUCCCACACACAAUAUACUACUCCUGGAGCCUUCCCUCCAACGAGCCUUCGCAUCCCGAAUCCGAUUACGUAUGGCGCCUCGCGUACAAAUUUUUCCAAAAAUCUCCCUAUGAUUUAUUUCCCAGGAUGAAAAUGGGCUCCAAUCUCGAUUUGUCGGAUCGGGGGGUCUGUAAGCUUGUCGCGCAGGUACUAUGUAUACCAGGCGUGCAAGGCGAUGUGGAGUUUCUGUAUUAUAUUCUGCAAUACGCAGCGCAUUUCGUGUGUAUACGAAGUCCCAAACCGAGGAAAUAUUCAGGAAAGUCACCGCAGCCUGAACAUUUGCAUUUUAUGGAAGAAUUAUCAAAAGAACCCUUUACCGAAAAAUCCACCAUUAUGAAAAACACCACCCAUAUAACCCCCAAGCUCCACCACCGAAGCGAUCCAGAUCCUUCCUUCCCAGAUAAUAACAUUAUCCCCAAUCGCAAACUCCUCACUCUUAUCACCACCGCCUGGAAUCUCUACGCCAAGCCUAGAAUGCUCCCUCCGCUCUCAACCUACGAUUUCGAUAUCCGACUCCAGAUCUCCGCUAUCGAAGUCGAUGAGCGUGUUCGCGUCGCGAGUUUCAAGCGAGAGUGGAAAGUGCAGUGGCCGCUUGAAUAUCGGAGGAAUGUGGUGAGGAGACAUGGGUGUGGAUAUGCGUAUUUGUAUCGGAAUGGGUAUGCGCGGGAACUGGUGGAGUUUGUUGAGAGGGUGGUGCCGGAGGGGUGGAAUUUGAGGGAUGGGGAUGAGGAGGGAGAGAAGGAGGAGUCGUUUUAUUCGGUGAGGAUUAUUGUACAGGGGAUUGAGAGGUGUGGGGGUGGAGGGUGGGAGGUGCGGUGUAUCGGGAGACAUUUGGCUAGUAUUCGGGGGAGGGAAUGGCAUUGUUUUUCUGGGGAUGGGGGGUUGUAUGAGGGUGGGGAGGGAAUUUUGUUUUUUCCGGUGUUUAUGAAGAGAGGGCGGACAGGGGAGGAGUUGGCUGAGGGUUUGGGGGAGGAGCGGAGAGGGAAGAAGAAGUGGGAGAGGAAAAAGGAAAGGGAAUUGUGGAUCAAAAGGACAGAUGGGUUAGAUAAGAUACAAGAACAGGGACAGGAAAAACAGACAUGGACUGCGGGACCCGAUGAGGUAUUUCUUGAUCAGAAUGGGGAGUAUGUGGAUAUGGAGAGUGAGGGGGGCUGGUUCAUCCCGAAAGAGAAAAGUGAGACGUUGAGUGGAUGUAGGAAUUGCUGUCGACCGGUUUGUUGUCAGGUGAGACGGAGGUGGAAUGGUGUAUUUUUAAGGACGGUGGUUUGA